AUGAGACGUCACCAGCAAAACGAAAACGAGGAAAACGUCGACCUCGACGUCUUCCAUCGUCACUCUCCGACUUCCGAAUUCCCGCAGCCGCCGCCACCGCAGCUGCACCACUCCAACCACUCCAACUACUCCAACAUUUCGUCUUACGAUGAAUAUCGCGGCCGCCCCGUAGCUGACUUCUCCCGUCCCAUGCGUCCUCCUCAGCAGCCCUACCUAGAGGACCAGCAGUCUUUCGAGACGCCCAUUCAAUCUCGCUCGGCCUCGCCCACUCUGGUCAGCGGCCGCGCUACUCCCAUGGAUCGCAUCCCACGGCCCAAGAACAACAUGGACUCCUGGCCCAAUACCCCCAUGUACCAGAGCAAUGUCAGCCUCGCUGCUCUACUUCCCAAUGCUCCUCCUCCCAUCAUGGCCAAGGACUGGGUCAAGGAAGGCUACAUCGCUCGCCUGCACGACCGUGACGAUGCCGACACUUGGAAGGGAUGGAAACGUCUCCUCUUCCGUGCUGUACCACUGCUCACCCUCAUCAACACGGCCAUGUACCUGAUCUACCUCGCCUACCGAAUCUACUGUGUCAUCUCUGCUCAGAACGCCUACCGCACCACCUUUGUCUUGGCCUGGGUCUUCAUUGGUGUCGAAUUCGCCGUUGCUCUUCCUAGCAUGAUGCACAACCUCUGGACCAUGUGGGCUAUGAAGAAGCGCCACCGCCCCAAGCUGCGCCUCGUUGCCGAUGACGUUCCCACUGUCGACGUUUUCGUGACUUGCUGUGGUGAAGAGGACGAUGUGGUUCUCGACACUGUCCGUGGUGCUUGCGACGUUGACUAUCCCCGCGACCGCUUCCGUGUCAUCGUCCUCGACGAUGCCAAGUCCGCUACUCUCGAAGUUGCCGUCGGGGCUCUGGAUUCGGUCUACCACAAUGUCUACUACAUGGCCCGUACCAAGACUCCUGGCGUCCCGCAUCACUUCAAGGCUGGUAACCUCAACUACGGACUGGACAUGACCCACAACCUCCCCGGCGGUGCCGGUCAGUACAUGGCUGCCCUGGAUGCUGAUAUGAUUCCCGAGCGAGACUGGCUCCGCGCCAUCAUGCCCCAUCUGCUCAUCGACGACAAGAUGGCCCUUGCUUGCCCGCCUCAGCUCUUCUACAACACACCUGCCUCUGACCCGCUCGCUCAAAGUCUUGACUUUUUCGUUCAUGUAAUUGAGCCCAUCAAGGAUGCGCUUGGUGUCGCAUGGUGCACUGGUUCUGGUUAUGUUGUUCGUCGCGAGGCCCUCGACCAAAUUGGCAACUUUCCUCUCGGCUCUCUGGCCGAAGACGUCGCCACGUCCACUUUGCUGCUUGGCAGGGGCUGGAAGACGGCGUUCAUCCACGAGCCCCUGCAGUUUGGUACUGUCCCUGAGGAUUUCGGUGGCCAUUUGAAGCAGCGUACUCGUUGGGCCAUUGGUACUGUCGACACCGCUUUCAAGCUCAAGUUUUGUCUCUACGGUGACAAGGUCAAGCAGAUGAGCUUUGCCCAACGCUUUUCCGGUUUCAUGUACGCUUCGCUCAGUCUCUACACUGUGCUGCUCACCGUUUCUCUCUUUGCCAUUCCCGUCAUUCUUCUGAUGCGGCGCCCCCUUGUCGCCUAUAACGACCAGGAAGGUGAUACCCAACUAGUUUGGCUUAUCCGUGCCUGCUUCGCCGCCACCAUCACCAACCGCAUCUGCGAGUUUGCUCUCUUCCUCCCCGCCGGCUACCAUACCGGUCAGCGUGGUUCCCGCUACCAGCUGUGGAUGUCGCCUUACAUUGCCCUCUGCAUCGUUCGAUCCUUUAUGCUUCCCAAGUGGCUCGGCGGCCAGACUCAGGCAUUCAAGCCCACCGGUUCACUCGGCUCCGCCCUCAACGAGCGUGAUGCUCGUCAGCGCAAGGGCAUGGGCCGUCGUUUGGCCGGCAUCUGCUUCAACUAUAUGGCUAUCUUCCAUCUGCUCUUCGUCUACCUGACCCUCGUCGGAGCCACUAUGACGACCUUCCUCUGCUUCACCGAGUUCCAGGGCUUUAGGGACGUUGCACGAUGCCUGAUCACCCACGCCUUCUGGCCUCCCCUGACCUUUGUCUUCCUUUGCAGCUCCAUGUGGACCCCCAUUGGCUAUGCUAUUGACCCUCCCACGGUGCCGGACCGCGAGGAUCUUCUUGUUCGCGACCCUAAGACGGAUGUUGCUCACCCGACGCGGAAGAGUAAGAAGAUCGCUUUUGGUCAGCAGGCUGCCUUUUUUGAGAUCGAAUAUAGCGCCACCUCUAUGUACACUAUUGCUGUGUUUGUUGCCUCGUUUAUUCUCUUCUAA